AAGUGUCACGUGACGCCCCUCCACCUCGUCUCCUCCCCGCCUCUUUCCCCUCCCCGGCCCCGGCGAGCGCUGGUGUGGACGGGGACCUCCCGGCCCAGCGGAUUACCUGGAGCACGGACGCUGCAGCCGGUUGGGCAGGUGCCCUUUCCCGCUCUGGAAAGGAAGAGAAAUGGAAGUGAAAAAGUUGAGCAUUUCCUGGCAGUUCUUGAUAGUUCUGGUUCUGAUCCUGCAAAUUCUGUCUGCGUUGGAUUUUGACCCAUACAGAAUCCUAGGGGUCAGCCGAACAGCCAGUCAGGCUGAUAUUAAAAAGGCUUAUAAGAAGCUCGCCCGGGAAUGGCAUCCUGACAAAAACAAAGAUCCUGGAGCUGAAGACAAGUUCAUUCAGAUCAGCAAGGCUUAUGAGAUUCUUUCCAAUGAAGAGAAGAGAGCACAUUAUGAUCACUAUGGAGCUGCUGGAGAGAGCCAGGGCUACCGCUUCCGCCAUUUCCAUAAAAAUUUUUAUUUCGAUGAAUCUUUUUUUAACUUCCCGUUUAAUUCUGAGCGGCGGGACUCCAUUGAUGAAAAGUAUUUACUGUACUUUUCCCAUUAUGUGAAUGAAGUGGUUCCAGAUAGCUUCAGAAAACCCUACCUCAUUAAGAUCACCUCGGAUUGGUGCUUUAGCUGUAUCCAUAUCGAGCCUGUUUGGAAAGAAGUAGUUCAAGAACUGGAAGGCUUGGGUGUAGGAAUCGGCGUGGUCCAUGCUGGGUAUGAGAAACGCCUGGCCCAUCACCUGGGAGCACACAGCACACCCUCUAUCCUAGGAAUCAUUAAUGGGAAAGUGUCCUUCUUCCACAAUGCAGUUGUUCGGGAGAACCUGCGACAAUUUGUAGAAAGUCUUCUUCCAGGGAACUUGGUGGAGAAAGUUACAAAUAAAAAUUAUGUCCAGUUCCUCUCUGGCUGGCAACAGGAGAAUAAACCUCAUGUCCUUCUAUUUGACCAAACACCCGUUGUGCCACUGCCAUACAAGUUGACUGCUUUUGCCCACAAAGAUUAUUUAUCCUUUGGAUAUGUGUACAUGGGUUCGAGAGGGGCGGAGGAGAUGACAAGGCAGUACAACAUCAAUUCCAACACCCCCACCAUCCUGGUCUUCAAAGAACACAUAAACAAGCCUGCUGAUGUUAUCCAGGCCCGAGGUAUGAAAAAGCAAGCCAUCGACGAUUUCAUCACCCAAAACAAGUAUUUGUUGGCCACCAGGCUCACCAACCAGAAGUUGUUCCAUGAACUCUGCCCUGUGAAACGGUCUCACCGACAGAGGAAGUACUGUGUGGUUUUACUGACUGCCGAGACGACCAAGUUGGGCAAACCCUUCGAGGCUUUCCUGUCCUUUGCCCUGGCAAACACUCAAGACACCGUGAGAUUUGUGCACGUCUACAGCAGUCAGCAGCAGGAGUUUGCCAGCACCUUGAUACCAGACGGCGAGGCAUUUCGAGGGAAAUCAGCGGUGUCUAUCUUAGAAAGGCGCAACACAGCAGGAAGGGUGGUGUAUAAAACAUUGGAAGAUCCCUGGACCGGAAGCGAGAAUGAUAAAUUCCUCCUCUUGAGUUAUCUCGACCAGCUGCGGAAAGAUUCAGCUCUUCUGUCCUCUGAAGCUGUGCUUCCCGACCUGACCGACGAACUUGCUCCUGUUUUUUUCCUUCGGUGGCUCUACUCUGCUUCUGACUACAUCUCGGACUGCUGGGAUAACAUGCUUUACAACAACUGGCGGGAAAUGAUGCCCCUCCUGUCCCUGAUCUUGUCAGCCCUCUUCGUCCUCUUCGGCACUGUCAUGGUCCAGGCUUUCAGCGUCGUGAAUGAUGAGCAAGAAUCAAGCCCUCCAGAUAAAGAUGACGCCCAAAAGAAGGCUGGGAAGGCUGAGCCAAGCUUCACCAAAGAAAACAGCAGCAAGAUUCCUAAGAAAGGCUUUGUGGAGGUAACUGAACUCACAGAUGUAACAUACACCAGUAACUUGGUACGCCUGAGGCCAGGCCACAUGAACGUGGUCCUUAUCCUGUCAAGUUCCACCAAGAACAGCCUACUGCAGAAAUUUGCUUUCGAGGUCUACACGUUCACUGGGAGCAACUGCCUACACUUCUCCUUCCUGAGUCUAGAUAAACACAGAGAAUGGCUAGAAUACUUACUAGAAUUUGCUCAAGAUGCAGCCCCGAUCCCAAACCAGUAUGAUAAGCAUUUCAUGGAACGUGACUACACUGGUUACGUGCUGGCUCUGAAUGGCCACAAGAAAUACUUCUGCCUCUUCAAGCCCCAGAAAACAGUCCAAGAGGAGGAAGCCCUGGGAUCAUGCAGUGAUCUUGACUCUUCCCUCCAGCCGGGUGAAUCUCGAGGGAAAUCUCCCAGUGGCCUUAGAUGCAGGCCCAUCAAAGAAAAACUGAGCAAGUUGUCCUUAUGGAUGGAACGCCUGUUGGAAGGCUCCUUACAGAGGUUUUAUAUCCCAUCGUGGCCUGAACUAGACUGAGAGGAUUUCAGAAGGAGAUUUGAACUCUUCAGACUUUUUAACAUGCCCCUGUGAACAGGUAUUUUCAGGACUGAAACUAUCACAAUGAACAGAGUAUAGAUGUUAGAUUGCUCUUCUAGAACAAUGGCUAGAAGAAUCUUUCCUUUGUCCUGUUCUAACCUAGGAGUGAAAAACACCACAGGUUUGAAU